UCACCCGUCAAGUUGGGGCAGGUAUCCUGUAACGUACCUGCGGACCACGCCCUCCUCGUGCUGCUGCGUACAGGUAACGCAGAGCAGGAAGUGGCUGUCAACUCCGAAACUGCUGUAAAGUGAAUGAAAAUGCGGUGGAAGAUGCGUCUUCGCGAGUUCUGCGCGCUCCUGGGACUUGUUGUAUUGUUGACGGUCUUCAACUCAUCAGAAUGCCUAGAGACAGUGGUCCAACCUGACAAAGGCUCAGCAGUGACGGUGUCCACCGGGCUGCCUGCAGAUCAGUGUGUGGUGUGUACGCUCCUCGGGGUGAAUGACACGGAAAAGUCCUGCCAUUCCACCCUGUCUCUGCUACCUGAGGUGGAGGUCAAACUGCUGUUCAAUUGUUCACAGCCCAUUGAAGAGGCUUUCUCUGUGACGAUAGCACGGACCAUUGAGUGCACAAAGGACACCUGCAGCCCUGCAACAGUGGACACUCAACCCUCCAUCCUCACAGAGUUCCCCAGGACCUUUACCUGGGAGCUGAAGGCACCUGAGAAGACAGUUAUUAGUCUGGAAACCCUUGGAGAUGGACUAACCGAGACAUCAGAGCCAUGUCCCAAUGUAUUUAAGUAUUCUGUUGCCACAUCCAACGGCCAACAUCAUUAUUGCCAAGAUGGUUCUGUGACUCAGAACAGCAUCAACACGCUGGAGCUACCCAAUCAAGCUAUUGUUACUAUGCAAGUCAAGCCGAAGGCUCCGGUCCAACCAGUGUUGUUUCAGGUCACCGUUGGACCAAAGAAGGGCCGAACAGUGGUUAUCACUGUCGAUCCCAGCACGACUGUUAUCUUGAACCGGGAUCCAAAGGAACCAGAGUGUGAAGUGUGCUCUGUUGACGGCUCCGCUCCAAACUGUAGUCCUACAGAAAAAACUCUGACAAAUAUUGAAAACCUCUCUCUGGAGUUCAGCUGCUUGAAACCUCAGGAUGUUUACAGCGUGAAGAUGAAAAAGAAAAUAGAAUGCACACAGAGCUCCUGCACUCCUGCAGAAGGAAACAUUGCAGCUGAUCUCCUCAAAGACUUUAAAAGAUCCAUUACAUGGGACAUCAGUGUACCACAGAGGACUGUGUUAUCUUUGGAUUUCACUGGUGAUGGAUUAAAGGAGGUGACUGCAGCAGAAAGUUGUCAAGAUGGAUUCCAGUACUCAGUCAGUACAACUAAAAGUGAUGGAACGACCAAAAACAAAAAGUACUGUAAAGGUGGGAAAGUGUCUCAUCUGGAACUGCUCGGAGCAACAACUGUCACCGCAGAGGUGCCAAAAGAUGGUGACUCACCAGCAUUCACUGUCAAAGCAGCACCAAGAGGUGGCAGAAUGAUGUCCGUGAUGCCUGAUCCGAACACCAUCAUCACUAUCAGCAGGGUGGCAGAUGAGCCAGAAUGCAAUGUGUGUGAAAACAGUGAGCCUGCACCGAUAUGCAAACCAAAACUGCUGGUCCUGAGAGAUCCUCGCAACACCUCCGUGGAGUUUACCUGUCCACAACCUCAGGAGGUCUUCAGUGUGCAGAUCAACAGAGAAAUUGACUGCACAGACACCUCCUGUUCAGGUGACAUCGUUCAGGCCGAGUCUUCACUCUUCCCAGACUUUAAUCGAACCUUCACCUGGGAUCUCAAAGUCGUCCCCACUCGGGCCUUCCAACUGGACUUCCCAGACCCAGGAAUGCGACAGAUUCCUAAUGAGGAGACCUGUCCAGAUGGCCACACAUACUCAGUCAUUACCUAUCUGCGCACAGGACCAGCAACCAUUGGUACCUUUUGCAAAGGAGGUGCUGUGACCACCAUCCUGGCUCGAUACAAAGGCCGUGUGACUCUGCUGGUGCCUGGGGACACGAAGCUGGAUCCUGUUAACUUCAAACUAACUGUUGGGCCUGAGACUACGAUGGUGGCCAUUGUGAAAGUGAACCUGCCCCGAGGUGUUUCAGACACAGACUUCAUCACAGCAAACUAUCCCCGUGAUUUUCCUGACCAGCAGCAGAUGCAAUGGGACUUCACGGUGCCUGGCAUGCACAACUACUCUAUGCUGUUUCGUGAUCACACCUCUCCAGAGUGCCUCAGCAAUGAUGUGAUCGUCGAGUACCAGAAAGAGAACAAGAAGGUGACCAAACUGACUCUGACGGAUGCUCUGCCGAAGCAUCAACAGGGCAACUUCAACAUGGUGCUGAAGAACUGUGAGACCAACAGGACGCUGGAGGGACUCACCCUGAAUUACAGAGUCUCCUUAAUGAGGAGUGGACAUCCAGUUCUAUGCAAGGUGGAUCUAACCAAACACAAAGGAGUGUCUCUGCAGAUUGAGAAAGUCGGCUCUGAUCCUUAUUGUGAGAUGAGCAUUGACUCAAAGGUCAACAAGAAGAUAAACGUGGCUGCAGGCACCAAAGCCAGUCUCUCCUUCCUUGACUGUCCCAAUGAAGAUAUCCGCCUGACUGCCAGUAAAGUUAUUGGUUGCAAAACUGUGGGCUCAUGCUCGUCGACUCUCCUCACCGUUCCCAAACUGGAUUCCUGUCUACCGAUUCCCCUCCACAGCUUCACCUGGCACAUCAACAUCCCUCAGGACAGCACCAUCGAUCUGACGUCACCCACAGGGAGCCUCCGACAGUCGCUACCCGGCCAGGAGUGCAAUCAGUCAGUCUCCCUGCACGUGGCAGAGAGCGACGGGUUUCCUGUUGGAGAUUUCUGCUUUAAUGGAGCCAUCCCCAAAGUUCAGGUGCACGCCAACGUCUCCGUCACGGCCAAAGUCCCAGACUUUAGCAAAGCUAGAGGGCCUUUUCUCAAUGUCAGCUACAGUGAAGAGAUCCCAGAGACCAUCAUAUACAACAUACGUCCAAAGAUGUCAUCUCCAACCCUGCUGGCCACCCCCAACUGGCCUGAGGGCAUGAGGCCCAUGUCCACUCUAUCCUGGAUUGUCAAUGUUCCAAGCGGGUACAAAGCACACCUGCAGUUUGUCAACGUCAGCCAACCUAAAUGCAAUGACAGACAUACAGCCAUUAAGGUCAAGAAACUGGCCGAGGAGGAAGAGAUCUUCAGCCGCAGGGAGGACGAGCAGACGGAGGAUCAGAGUUUGUUUGUGGAUCAGAGUUUCUAUCUCAACAUGUCCAACUGCAUUCCAGAGGAGGGACACUUUGGUGCAGUGACCAAAAUUGUUCUGCAGAAGUCAUCCAAUCUGUUGGCCAUCCUCCUCGGGAUAGCAGGAGCUCUUCUACUGGGGCUUAUAAUACUGGGUGUUGUAUGCUUCAUCACAAAGAAGAAGAAGAAAGACAGGAUGAACAAAGAGUCAUCCAUCUACAUGGGCAAAGGGAACAUGUUCCGUCCUGGUGACAUGCACUUCAGUAAAACUCGGUCUGACAAUGAAUCCCACGUCUAUGACUCCAUAGAUGAGACGAUGGUGUACGGCCAUCUGCUGGGUGACUCAACUUACUCCGGCAGCCUUCAGGAUCAAUACAAUGGCAAGCAGGUGGACUCUUAUCAAACAUUUACAGGUCCCAUUGAUGGAGGGAUGCCUGUGAUCAACGAACCGGACCAUGAGCCUGAGAUGGAUCACUUCAACACAUUCCUUGAUCCGUCUGAGACUUUCAUCCCGUCUCGCCCGCGCACUCCCAUCGACCGACAGGACAGCCUUGACUUCCACGACCGCAGGAUGGUGGACAAUGAGCUGUACACGUUCAAGAGCACAGGUGGUAUCAACACCAUCCGGCUCUCUGGUGUUGACUUGGAACCACAGCCACCGGUAACAGAGGACUACCUGUAGUGUGUUAGGACUUCAAAUGCACGAUGGUCCAUGUUACUGAAUUGUCUUUACAGCACUCAGUAUCUCUGAGCUCCUCUGGUGUGAACUUCUGUGCCUUUAUCAUACUCAGGGAACGAGAGUUUAUUGAGCCUCUGAAUGUGAAUCUUUUGUCAGAACUCAUUUCAGGGGGAUCAAGAGUAGAUGCUGUGAUCUUUUUUAAGGAGGUUUUGUGAAUUGGGAAACAUAUGUGUCUUGCUAAGGGUUAGAUAAGAAGAUUUUACUGCGUCUCUAGUGAAUAUACAGCCUGAGCUAACAGCCAGUCAGCUGAGCACAGCCAAUAGACUGGAAAAAAAUAGCCUGGUUUUGUCUUAAGAUUAAAAUAAUCCAUCUACAGCUGCUUCUGUAGGUGAGUUAUUAAUAAAAUAAUAAUAAAAUUGACUUCUUUGAUUGACACUGCUAGCAGCCCAAAAAAUUGUCCAACCCAUGAUGCAUUGACUUUUGCAAAAUACAUAUAUAUUUUGGAUUUUGUCUGGAUCUGUACCCUUUUACAGAUCCGGGCUAGCCUUCCUCUGUAUUUUAGCUUAACUUGUGUGCUAACCUAAGAUAACCAUCUUGCUGUAGCUCAUCCCCACUCACAUGAGAGUAAAAUUCUCAUCUACAGCUUAGCAAGAAAGCCACAACAUGUUCAAGUAUUUCUUUUAAGUUGAACUUCUUUAGUUUUAUUAAAUUGUUGUACAUAUGUGGUAUGAUUUAAGAGUAAGGGAAAAAAGUGCACAUUUUAAGUGUUUUUAUAUUUUUUACUAGUCAUGUUUUUGUUUUGUUUUUCCUGUAAAUAUCAUGUAGUUUUUGUUUUUUAUUUGCAAUAAACUCUAGGAAAAUCAAGUCCAA